AUGUCUCCGAAGAAUUUAACAAGGUCUGUGGUCCCGGCUAUCGACUUGUAUUGCCGCAAGGCAAACUUUAAAACACUUAAAUUUCUGUCGAUGAUCCUGUGCAGUAAAAAGGAGUGGUAUGAUAAUACAAAGGCGCCAGUGAGAAACUUUUUGGUCUCCCGGUGUGCUGUUUUCGAGCAGUUACGGAAUCGUCUGGUUGACGAGGGCAAAGUCAACCUAUUUGGCGUUUUCCUGACAAACGACUCAUUUUCAUUUUGCAAGAUGACUGUUGAUGAUAAGUUCGACACUAGCUUGGUCGACUGGCAAAAGAUACCCUUUGAUUAUUCAUUCGCAACUGAGAGAAGACAGCAUAUUAGCUUGUUACCCCCUGAUACACUUUUUGCAACUGAAAAGAUCAUAUCACUACUUGGUGUAUCUCCUAAUAUGGCGAAUCUUGUUUCCAUAGAAAGACAGCGAUCUGACCUGAUGGAUUUUAGUUGCAAACUGCAAUCAAACAUCCUAGAGCACCUGUUAUACGCGAAGUGCCAAGGAGUGCAAGUAACUUCUACUAAUGAAGAAGCUCGCUUGCUUGCAGCCAUCUGCAAUCCUGAAUUCAUUGACGCCUUCUGGUGCGAGUUGACUCCCAUAAGGGCCUCAUUAAAGGAAAAUCCUUCCAUCUCCGUACCUCAAGAAUACCAGAUAUACGAUCCGGUGAUACGUGCCACCAUAAAAGAGGUUGUCGCUAAGCGAUUACUGCGAUCCGCCUUCGAUAAUGACAUUGACCCGCUAAUGCGUCUGCGUUUGGAUAAAGGCUGGAAGUUCAAAUUUCCCACGCUCUCCUCGACAACCGACCUAGAUUUCUCCCUGAAGGAUUGUCUUUCCCUGGAUACACGAAGAGAUGCAUAUGACAUGACUGAGGUGUUUCUUGCUACUAUGGCAUCGAGUAAAACUCUUCGUACGUAUAGCAACCUCGUUGACAUUGUGAUGAAAGACAACGGUAGAUUUGAUUCAGGCAUUCUAAAGCAAUUCAACGACUACGUCAAGCAAGAAAAGCUCAAUCUACAAAAUUUCCAGGCCGGUUCCUCAGAGUUUCUGAAAGGUGUAAAGAUAUAA